UCACGAGCGAAACCGCUAGAGGGGUCUUAGGCGCGCUCGGCAUCACGGGCUCCGCCGCGGUUGACCGAACGAUCGGGUCGCUCUCCGGCGGCGAGAAGGCGCGCGUGGCGCUCGCCGCGUUCGUCCUUCGACCAGUUAACGUUUUGUUACUCGACGAGGCGAGCAAUCACUUGGACGGCACCGCGAUCGAGGCUCUUUGUGAAGGAUUACGCGGUUGGGAAGGUGCGGUGUGCGCUAUUACGCACAACGCCUCAUUCGCCGUCGCGCUCAAUCCAACUGUCGUCGUCAGAGUCGAACAUGGCUCCGCGACGUCCGCCAUCCACGUCCCCGGCAAAAUCGAUAUUUACGGCAGCGACGUCGGCGCAAGCGCAACGGUUGAUAACAGCCUUCGACGCAUUCAGGAAAAGGUUAAGACACAACUUCGCCUUCAUGAGUCGCUGAGGCAGUUGCAGGGCAUGGCUCUCAUGAUCACCGGGGCGUGA